AUGGGUGGUGCCCAAGCUUUCCUUGUCAUUGAAACUAAGUUGCCAAGGUGCCCUAGCUCUAGCCCCAUCCUGUCUGUCUGGCUCACAGUUGUCCUGAAAGACCAUGGCAUGGUACCCUUCAUCAAGAUCUUCCUGGAUGAUGAAUGCUACCGGGGGCCUUCGCUCAGCAUCUUGGAGCAGCUGUCAGUCAUCAACGCAGAGGAGUACAUGAGCAUCAUCGUGGGUGCAUUGUGCUCCUCCACUCAGGGGGAGCUGCAGCUGAAGCUGGAUCUCCUGAAGUCCCUGCUCCGGAUCCUGGAGACCCCCAAGGGCCGUGCUGCGUUCAGAGUUUCCAGUGGGUUCAACGGGUUGCUGUCCUUGCUCUCCGACCUGGAGGGGUCUCUUCAUGAGCCUCCACUGCAGAUGUGGGGGGCCGUGACCCCCAGCCAGACCCUGGAGCUGGUGCUGCACACACUCUGUGCGGUGUCUGCGGCGCUGCACCUGGACCCUGUCAACGGGGACUUCUUCAGAAGGAACGGGCUCUUUGAGAAGCUGGCCGAGGACCUCUGCCUGCUGGGCUGUUUUGGGGCUCCAGAGGAAGAGGGCGCGCCUCCACGCUCCUGGUCUGACACAAAGGUCAGGCCGUUUGCAGAUUUGCUGAGCUCUGCCUUUUCCACCAGCUGCCCCUUCCCAUCCAGGAUACAAAGUUCCCUCCAGAUCCUCAGCUUUCUGGACAGCAUGGUUAGCGGCACCCUCCACCUGCGCAGGGACCUGAAGGAGUCCCUAAGGGCCGGACAGGAGCUGGUUGUGAAUGCGCAGAAGGAAGACGCUGGCCGUGACCUCCAUGGCAACGUCAGACAGUGGCCAGACCGCGAGGAGAGGAUGGAUGAUGGUGAUGCUGUUAUCAUGCACCCCGGAAUUGUGUGCAUCAUGGUGAGGCUGCUGCCUUGCUUGUACCAUGAAGAUCAUCCACAGCUUUCUGAGGAAAUCCAGUGCUCCGUGGCCAGUCAUCUCCAGUCUCUGGUGAAAUCGGAGAAGAACCGCCAGGUCAUGUGUGAGGCAGGGAUGCUCAGGACCCUCCUGACCUCCUGCUGCAGGGACCUCGGCACGGGCAGCAGCCCCCUGCACUCACGGCUCAUCAGAAUUUUUGAAAAGCUUGCUUCUCAAGCCAUCGAACCAGAUGUGCUGAGACAAUUUCUUGGCCUUGGAAUUCACCCAUCUCUGUCGACUGCAACGAAAACCCUCAAUUCUAAAGGACACGAAGGUGACUGUGGGUGCUCAGGGUCACAGGCAGCAGACUCAGGCACAACUGAGGGACCUGCAAAUGCCAGAUCACGCUGUGGAGUAGCUCAGGAUGUCAAGUCCUCAGGGGCCAGCCAGGAUUCGACCAUGGCCCUUCAGACAGCACUGAGCCUUAUCUCCAUGACCUCCCCGCGCAACCUGCAACCUCAGAGGGCAGCCCUGGCUCCAUCCUUCGUGGAAUUUGACAUGUCUAUGGAAGGUUAUGGCUGUUUGUUUAUUCCGACACUGUCUACGAUUAUGGGGACCAGCACUGAGUACUCUGUCUCCGGAGGAAUUGGGACAGGUGCUUCCAGAUCAUUCCCUCCACCUGGAGGCCUGACCUUCUCUUGCUGGUUCCUGAUUAGCCGGCAGGCCACUGUCACUGAGGGCCACCCACUACGCUUCCUAACCCUGGUGCGCCACCUGGCCAGGACGGAGCAGCCCUUUGUCUGUUUCUCCAUCAGCCUCUGCCCAGAUGACCUCUCCUUGGUUGUGUCCACAGAAGAGAAAGAGUUUCAGCCCCUGGAUGUCAUGGAACCUGAGGAUGAGGCUGAGCCUUCUGCAGGACGCCAGCUUCAGGUCAGGUGUGGCCAGCUGCUGGCCUGUGGUCAGUGGCACCACCUGGCUGUGGUCGUCACCAAGGAAAUGAAAAGGAAUUGCACUGUUUCCACCUACCUGGAUGGACAGGUUAUUGGCUCAGCCAAGAUGUUGUAUAUCCAGGCCUUGCCAGGACCUUUCCUGUCCAUGGAUCCAUCUUCGUUUGUGGAUGUUUAUGGCUAUAUUUCAACCCCUCGAGUUUGGAGACAGAAGUCAUCAUUGAUCUGGCGUCUUGGCCCCGCGUAUCUCUUUGAUGAAGCCAUAUCAAUGGAUACUCUAGCAGUUAUUAUCAAACUGGGCCCAAGAUACUGUGGUAACUUUCAGGCUGUGCACGCUCAAGGGGAGGACCAAGACAGCGAAGCCACGCCCCUCAUUGCAGAGGAAAGGGUUUCCUUUGGUCUUCAUGUGUCCAGCUCCUCCCUCACAAGUGUUGCAAACAUCAGAAAUGACUACAAUGAGGUAGACAGCCGCCUGAUCGCCAAAGAGAUGAAUAUUUCAUCCCGUGACAAUGCCAUGCCUGUGUUCUUGCUGAGAAAUUGUGCUGGGCACCUCUCAGGAUCUCUUCGGACUCUUGGAGCUGUUGCUGUGGGCCAGUUAGGAGUGAGAGUAUUUCACUCCAGCCCUGCUGCUAGCAGUCUGGACUUUAUUGGUGGACCUGCCAUCCUCCUGGGCCUCAUCUCCUUAGCAACGGAUGACAACACCAUGUACGCUGCUGUGAAAGUACUGCACUCUGUCCUGACCAGCAAUGCCAUGUGUGACUGCCUGAUGCAGCACAUCAGUGGGUACAAGAUAAUGGCGUUUCUCCUGAGGAAGAAGACCUCUCUCCUAAACCAUCGCAUCUUCCAGCUCAUCCUCUCCAUUGCUGGCACUGCAGAGCUGGGCUUUAGGCCAUCUGCUGUCACCAACAUGGGUGUCUUCCAGCAUAUUCUCUGCAAUUUUGAGCUCUGGAUGAACACUGCAGAUAACCUGGAGCUUGCACUCUUUUCCCAUCUUGUGGAAAUCCUUCAGUCACCAAGGGAAGGACCCAGGAAUGCUGAAGUAGGUCACCAGGCACAGCUUAUACCCAAGCUUGUCUUCCUCUUCAAUGAGCCGAGUCUUGCCCCCUCCAAGGUCCCCACCAUCAUUGCCAUCCUGGGCUGUCAGCUGAGGGGCCAUUUCAGCAUCCAGGACUUGCUCAGAGUUGGGCUGUUUGUCGUGUACACCCUCAAGCCUGCAUCAGUGAGUGAGAGGCAUAUCUGCGUGGAUGGAGCUGGAGACCCCCCUGUGCCUGCUGGAAGCCAAACAUCUGGAAAGACAAUCUGGCUCAGAAACCAGUUGCUGGAGAUGCUGCUCAGUGUAAUAUCUUCCCCCCAACUUCAUCUGUCCUCUGAGGCAAAGGAAGAGGUGUUCCUGAAUCUGGGGCCUGACUGGUUCCUGCUGCUCUUGCAGGGCCACCUGCAUCCCAGCACCACUGUGCUGGCCCUGAAGCUGCUGCUGCACUUUUUGUCAGACCCCUCCCUUCGUGGGAGAUUUAAAGAUGGCCUGUCUGCUGGAUCCUGGGUGGAGUGCAGCAGAGAGGGCACGGACAUUGUGAUGGACAACCUGAAGAGCCACCCUACUGUGCCUGACCAGAGCCCCUGCCUGCUUCCUGGGUUCCGUGUCUUGAAUGACUUUCUGGCCCACCAUGUUCACAUUCCAGAAGUCUACCUCAUCGUGUCUGCCUUCUUCCUACAGAUGCCACUUACAGAACUGAAGCACGACCCAAAGUAGGAUAGUCUGGAUGCCAUGCUUCAGUGGCUCCUGCAGAUGCACCACCAGCAAGAAGUCCUCCGGGCUGGGUUGUGCACAGAAGGUGUCCUGCUGCUCCUCGAAAUGUUGAAGUCCACCAUGAGCCAGCCCUUGGCAGGUUCAGAAGAUGGCACCUGGGAGCAGAUGUUCCCCAGCAGCGUGAUGCAGUUCCUUGGCCUGGUGUACCGCUCCUAUCCUCAGGAUCCAGUGUGGCGGGCUCCUGACCUUCUCCAGACUUUGGCCAUUGUCACUUUCCCCCUAGGAACACAAAAGGAGGUCGUGGCCGAGCCUGCCUGGAACACCAGCAGUUCUGACGCUGCUGCUGAAGGUGACAGCCCCUCAGAGGGUCUCCAGGCUCCUGCCAAGUCACAUUCCACCAGGAAACAGCUGAAAGAGUUCACACAAAUCCUCUUGAGGGAGCUCCUGCUUGGAGCCCCCAGCCCCAAGCAGUGGCUACCCAUGGAGGUGCUCUUAGAGGCUUUUCCAGAUAAUGCCACCAAGCAGCAGAGGCGAGACUUCCAGUCUGAGGUCUUGCUUUCCAUCAUGGAAAUAUUCCACACAAUGAAUGGAGGCAGUGUGCCGAUCCUCAGAGGUAGUAAAGAGCCUCAGCCAAAUGCAGAAGGUGCUGCUGUUCCUUCCCUUGCAAACAUCUCCGGCUUCACCCAGAAGCUGGUGGAGAAGCUGUACAACGGGAUGUUCUCAGCAGAUCCCAGACACAUCCUUCUCUUCAUCACAGAGCACAUCAUGGUGGUCAUCGAGAACACCUCUUCUCAAAGAGAUGCUGUCAUCAGCGCUUUAUACAGCAGCUUAAAUAAAGUCAUUCUUUAUUGCCUCUCCAAGCCCCAGCAGUCCCUGUCUGAAUGCUUUGGCCUUUUCAGCAUCCUGGGCUUUCUACAGGAGCACUGGGACAUUGUCUUUGCCACAUACAAUUCCAACAUCAGCUUCCUCCUGUGUAUCAUGCAUUGUCUUUUGCUGCUCAAUUCGAGAAGUUAUCCAGAGGGAUUUGGAUUAGAACCCAAGCCUAGAAUGACUCCUUAUCAUCAAGUCUUUCUUGCCUCAAAUGAAGAAGUGAAAGAAAAAAAAGAGGAAGACCUCCCAAGUUUGAGUGAUGUUCAGCACAACAUUCAGAAAACGGUGCGGACUCUCUGGCAGCAGCUGGUGGCACAGAGGCGGCAGACACUGGAGGAUACCUUCAAGAUCGAUCUCUCUGUGAAACCUGGAGAGAAAGAAGUGAAGAUUGAAGAGGUCACCCCACUCUGGGAAGAGACGAUGCUCAAAGCCUGGCAGCAUUACUUAGCAUCUGAGAAGAAAUCACUGGCCAGUCGCUCAAGUGUCACACACCACAGCAAAGUUGCUUCAUGGAGUGGGAGCCUGUCCUCAGCCAUGAGACUGAUGCCUGGGCGGCAGGCCAAGGAUCCUGAGUGCAAGGCAGAGGAUUUUGUGUCUUGUGUAGAGAACUACAGAAGAAAGGGACAGGAGCUCUAUGCGUCCUUAUACAAAGACCAUAUGCAGAGGCGGAGAUGUGAAAACAUCAAGGCAGCCAACGCCUGGGCCAGGAUUCAGGAGCAGCUUUUUGGGAAGCUGGGCUUGUGGGGCAAGAUGGCAGAAACCAUGCCCUGCUCCCACUGGGAACUGGACUGGAGAGAAGGACCUGCUCGCAUGAGGAAACGUAUCAGAUGCUUGUCUCCAUGGGAGGCCCUGACCCCAGGAAGGUACAAGGCAAGCCAAGACAUAAAGGGUCAUAGUUCUCAACCCAGUGCUGAAAAUCAAGAUGAGCCGAUGGCAAAGGAAGCUGACAGCCAGCUAGACGAGGUGGCCGUGGACUGCACGCAACUGACGUUCUUCCCAGCCUUGCAUGAAAGUCUGCAUUCAGAAGAUUUCUUGGAGCUAUGUCAGGAAAGACAAGUUAUUUUACAAGAGCUUCUUGAUCAGGAAAAGGUGACACAGAAGUUCCCCCUGGUGAUUGUGCAGGGCCACCUGGUCUCUGAAGGAGUCUUGCUCUUUGGCCAUCAGCACUUCUAUAUCUGCGAGAAUUUCACUCUGUCUCCCACUGGCGAUGUCUACUGCACCCGCCAUUGCUUAUCCAACAUCAGCGAUCCCUUCAUUUUCAACAUGUGCAGCAAAGACAGGUCCUCCGACCAUUACUCCUGCCAGCGCCAUGGCUACAGGGAUCUCAAGGAGCUCCGGCAGGCCCGCUUCCUCCUGCAGGACAUUGCCCUGGAGAUCUUUUUCCAAAAUGGAUAUUCCAAGCUCCUUGUCUUCUACAACAGUGACCGGAGUAAAGCCUUCAAAAGCUUCUGCUCAUUCCAACCCAGCUUGAAGGGGAAAGGUGUCUCAGAGGACCCCCUCAAUCUAAGGUAA